AUGGCGUUCCUGUUGUCGAUCGUGAUGCUCGGACUCUUGGUGAUACCAAGCAUAAUAUGGGCGCUGGUAUAUUUUUUACUACACUUGUACUACAUUUGUACUAAUAUCGGCUCCUACGUUUGUACUAAUAUCGGCUCCUACUUGUACUAAUAUGGGCUCCUACUUGUACUAAUAUGGGCUCCUACUUGUACUAAUAUGGGCUCCUACUUGUACUAAUAUGGGCUCCUACUUGUACUAAUAUGGGCUCCGACUUGUACUACAUUUGUAGUGAGGACAAGAAUAUACCUUGAACUUCAACAACAGAAGCCUUACCAUAUCGACAUUGCGGUUCUCAUAUCAAAAAGAAAUUUGCGGUUCUCAUAUCAAAAAAAAAUUGCGGUACUCAUAUCAAAAAAAAAUUAGUUCGGCGGUGAACCAGAGGCCUCGCAUAACUCAUGGUGGAACAAUGAGGAUAAACAUUUCCCACUGUGGUUCUUUAUCGUGGCUUUCUUAACGGCCUCUUUCGGUGCGGUUUUAGCAGUGCUUGUGGGACUCUUGUGUGGGUACAGUUAUUCUUAUUUGUUAGAGGGUAACAAGAACUACACGCUACUACCUAGUAACAAGCAAUUACUUUUACUAGAGGAACUUGUUAUAGCUUAGUUCAUGCAAAUACAAGUGGCAUGACCUUUGGGCUACCUAGCAACCAGUGACGACCACUGGUCUUCUUGUCAUCCAAUCUUCAGGUACCACGUUUUCCUGUCGUACAACGGGAUUACAACAAAGGAACACUGGCGGGGGACACAUGAUUAAGGCAAAAUCUUGAAAGUUUUUCAGUUCAGGUGAGUGGAACUUACAUCAGAGAUGAUCUAUCAGCAAAACAAUCUGUCAGCUAGUUAGCAACAAUCUGAAUCUUCGGUUUCCUAGUCGUUUUUUUCCUAGCAAGCUUAUGGGCGUAGCUCACUUGGUCUUCCACGCACUCUAAAGCAAGUUGAAGCAUAAGAUGAAGACGCUCCUACAGGGUGGUGGGCCAGCGAUGUUUAACCCGCGGCAGCGGAUCGACGUGAAAAAAUGGAAGCACGUCUCGGAGAAUCGCCUCUAGAGAGGGAUGCGUUUUCGCAGGUUUUCUAAAUGCUGAAGAGAAUCAAGAGUAAUGAAAAUUAAUGAUAAUGAUUCAGGUACUUAAUUCAAAUUCUCCUUGUGUGAAUUGUGAGUACCAGCACCGGUACUCUCGGCAGGAUGUUGCCUAAUAGAGGAGACGGAGGGCAAUUCACUUAUGGUAGAAGUCGUGAGCAACACCAAUACAAUUUUUUGAAUGGUGUCGCGUCUAUUUUGCCCGUUCCGAUCGAUCCAAACACUUUCAGCUUAUCUGAUAACGCAGUCUCGAUACAAAGAUUUUAGCUUAUCAAACACUUAGGAGUUGUCUCGACAUGAAUAUGAAUAUCCACAAAAAAGCAAUUAUAAUGGCCAAGAAUAGGUAUCUAUAGGUAAUAGCAAAAGUGACCUGUUGUGGUCAAGCUUUUAUCAGUGAGUUUCAGCCGUAGAAGUCGUAUGGUCCUUCGUAGCUAUUGUAAAUAGGAGACCCGAUCGUUCGUAGGCAUAUCAGCACAAAUAUCUACUGACUGUGCAUAAAAUGUAAAUGUAGUCACCCCUUCACUACGCACGCAAGGACAUAAUAUUUUGUGCAGGGAAUAUCUACAUGCGCAUCAAUUAUUUUGAUCAUCAGGUUUUUUUAGUGUACCAAUAACCUCUAACUGCUGUAGUUGUACUUGUAUACUUGCUCGUUUGAAAUUAAAUCUUGAGUCUUUUCGGAUUAGUGCAUUCGCAAUCUUUGAGGACAUGUUUCAUCGGUGGAAAUCAAAAGCAAAACAAAGUUGAGUUGGAAAGAAAAGAAGGCAGGAAUCUUUUUCCAGUCACAUUGGAUGUAGCGUCUAACCCUGUCAAG